UUGUUGUCCAACGAGCAGCAAAGAUGGAGAAACGGAGACGCCUGCUGCUGCUGCUGUUAUUGGGCAUAAUGGUGAUGAUGCAGUUGCUCCACACGAGCACUGGCCUGGAAUGCUAUGCCUGCGAUUCGGCCGAGGAUGCCGAAUGCGCUACACGACCCGGUCAGCAGCUGGAGGUGGAGGAGUGCAUACAGCCAAAUGAUGAAUGCGUCAUCUCGAUAACAGCCGGUUUGACACGACGCGGCUGCCUGCGGCGCCUCUAUCCCAAUGGUUACUGCGCGGAGCCCUGUUAUCGUUGCGACACAAGUCUAUGCAAUCGACACGUGUAUCCGGUGGAUAGAUUGCGCUGCUAUCAGUGCAACGGUGCCGCCUGCAUCGAUGUCAGCGAGCGGCCGCAACUUCUGUUGCCGUGUCCCGUUUACCAUGCCGAAGAUCGCUGCUACACAAACAUUCUGCAUUUGAGUAAUACGCAGCGGGGCUGCGAGCACACCAAUCUGCCCGUUGGCUGUCCGCACGUCUGCCUCAAAUGCAACUACAACGGUUGCAAUGCGGAGCGCACUGUCACCGAGUCGCACUGCCUCCAGUGCACCCACAACCGUCUCUCGCCCAACGCCGAUUGCCAGCGCGAGCAACAGCCGCAAUCCGCGGACAAAUGCGCCGUGAGCAAUGCGACUGUGACGGAGUGUGUCAACAAGGUGAUGCUGGGGCAUCUCGAACGCUGCUACACGCAUCGCAACAGACAAACGGAAGUGUUUCAGCGUGGCUGCUCCACAACAAUGGGCUUCUUUCCCACCGGCGAGCUGGACGAGUGCUACGGCAACAAUUGUAAUGCCCAGUGCCAAGAUAUACAAUGUGCCACCUGCAACUCCACCAGCAAUCCCAAUUGCCGUUCCGGCCAUGCACUGAGGAGCGAACCUUGUGCUCCGGGCACCACGGCCUGCUAUUCCUGUGAGCAAGGUUAGGGUGAGUCACUCAGCGCUGCGGAUCAAUUGCAAAUAUCGCUGAAGUUUAUCGAUAAUUUGUUUUUUUUUUCGAGCCCUGUUUGUGUAGGAAUAUCUGGUUUGGAAGUCUUUCACUUUACUUUUUUGAACAUUCCUAAUGUUUCAUCUUAAUGAAAUUGAUCAAAACAUUGCACAAUUUCGUUGCUGAUUAAAAAAAAAAAAAAACUAUAAGUUCAACUAGUUCGAUAACUAUCGACAUUUGAUAACGAUUUCCACCUCGAUAAACAUAAAUAAAAUUCUCAAUUUUUGGC